AUGGCUACCGAUUACUCACAACUCCCUACGCCCACCAUGUGCUACGUCGACUUUUGUCUCGUUCCUAUUGGGACCGGUAAUGUCUCCGUCGCAAAGGAAGUGGCCGAGGUCCAAAAGGUGCUCAAGGCCAGUGGGCUGGCUUACACCCUGCACUCUGCCGGGACAACAGUUGAAGGCAGAUGGGACGAGGUCAUGAAGGUUAUUGGGCAGGCCCACCAGGCGGUGCAUCAAGCAGGUGCCGUCAGGAUCCAGAGCUCGAUGCGUGUUGGUUCUCGAACGGACAAGGCCCAGACUGCCGAGCAAAAGGUGAAGCGGGUAGAGGACCUCCUGGCCAAGGACACAUAG